CCGUUAAAACAGAAUCGACGUCCGUACGUCAGACAUCCUGCGUAAAUAUCCACAACAAACAUGGCGGACGAUCACACAGAUGCAGACCAGUCGAUGGAGGGACACACUCCUGUGUCUGAAAACCCUCACGGAGAGUACGGCCUGACAGACAACAUCCAGAGGACGGUGGAGAACGAGAAGGCGGGUGCAGAGAAGAUCUCCAAGCAGAAGGUGGACCUGCAGGCGCUGCCGACCCGGGCCUACCUGGACCAGACGGUGGUCCCGAUCCUGCUGCAGGGUCUGUCGGUUCUCGCCAAGGAGAGACCUCCGAACCCCAUCGAGUAUCUGGCAGCGUUCCUGCUGAAGAACAAAUCCCAGUUCGACGAGAGAAAUUAAAACGCUGCAUUAGAAUCAUUUCAUACAGUAGAAACUUGUUUGUUAAUGAACUGCGACACUGUUUUUUUUUUAAUAAUCCAGAAUAAACAUGUUGACAUGAAAAGAA